GGGCCGGGCAGGUUAUGGCAACAGUGCUUCUGGUCACAUUUCGUGGCGUGCUUCUGGCAUCCGUGAUCCUUUAAGUUUUCCACAUUUCCAUCAUCUGCCGCCGCCGUCCACAUUCCAGCGCUUGUCUUAAGUACUGCAGAGCCUCCUGCGAUGGCGACCAUCGUCGACAAAAUCGCGGCCAUCGAAGGCGAGAUGGCCAGGACGCAAAAGAACAAGGCCACAGCUGGCCAUCUCGGUUUGCUCAAGGCUCGCCUGGCUAAAUUGAGAAGAGAACUCAUCACCCCGAAAGGAGGUGGUGGUGGCCCAGGAGAUGGUUUCGACGUCGCCAAAACCGGAGAUGCCAGAAUAGGCUUUGUCGGAUUUCCAUCUGUCGGCAAGUCUACUCUCUUGACGACCCUAGCCGGUGUUUAUUCUGAAGUUGCCGCUUACGAAUUUACAACUCUGACCACCGUCCCUGGUUGCAUUAAGUACAAAGGAGCUAAAAUUCAGCUUUUAGACUUGCCUGGUAUUAUUGAAGGUGCUAAAGAUGGCAAGGGUAGAGGUAGGCAGGUUAUUGCCGUUGCUAGAACUUGCUCUCUAAUAUUCAUCGUCCUCGAUGUCCUCAAACCACUUCAACACAAAAAACUCAUCGAGCAUGAGCUCGAGGGUUUCGGGUUGAGAUUGAAUAAGGAUCCGCCUAACAUUGUGUUCAGGAAGAAAGAUAAAGGAGGGAUAAACUUGCAGACAAUGGUCCAACAAUCGGAGCUUGAUUUGGACACGGUCAAGAGUAUAUUAGCCGAGUAUAGGAUCCAUAAUGCUGACAUCACUUUGCGAUACGAUGCCACCAGCGAUGAUCUUAUUGAUGUAAUAGAAGGAAAUAGAAUUUAUGUACCUUGCAUUUAUCUAUUAAACAAAAUAGAUCAAAUUAGUAUUGAGGAAUUAGACAUUAUUUACAAAAUUCCCCACUGUGUGCCCAUUUCUGCACAUCACAAAUGGAACUUUGAUGAUUUACUCGAAAAAAUGUGGGAAUACCUCAAGCUUACCAGAAUCUACACAAAACCCAAGGGGCAGCUUCCUGAUUAUAACUCACCCGUAGUCUUACAUUCCGAGAGGAGGAGUGUAGAGGACUUUUGCAACAAGCUCCAUCGUACAAUUGCCAAGGAGUUUAAAUACGCACUUGUAUGGGGCUCAUCCGUCAAGCACCAACCUCAAAAAGUCGGCAAAGACCAUGUCCUCAACGAUGAAGACGUCGUUCAGAUUGUGAAGAAAGUGUAAAAACUGGACAAACGCGGCUUUAUUUUACUGAAUUUUUUUUAUACUAGCAAUGAUGAGAAUGUUGUAUAUGUAUUGAAUCAUAUAUUUAAAAGGAAUAAUUGCUAAAUUUUGUGAUCAAAAAUGUAAAUAAAAUUGAUUAAUGACUUUUA